UAAAGCUCAACUCAGCUCUGCUGUUCUCAAUGUUUCAUGUGAUUUAUUUAUGUUUUUUUUACUUGUUUGAAGCGUCAUCCUUGUGAUCUGUCUGGAGUCUCGUUCAAUAAAGAUGGCGGAGGGAACUUCUGAACCCAAAAGAAAAGGUUUCUGUCGUCUUAGUCACAUAACCUUCAUAUAAUUAUAUGCUCUUAGUCUUAAAGUGCUUUCUCAACAAAUAUGAUUAUAUAUAUAAACAAAAUAUGAAUUUGAACAAAUACACAAGUUAUAUCAAGAAGACUCAGGAAGAAGAAAUUCAGUUUUCACAGUAACACCGACCACACCUGCUGCCAUCAAAAUGACGAAAACAAGGAGAACAGGUUUAGCCAACAGCCAUGGAAAUUACUCAAGGCAGUGACUAUUUGCGCAACUUAGUGCAAAUAGCCAUAGAUUAUAUUCACACCGUUAAAAUGGCAGGAUAUUCUGCUGAUUAUACUUCUUAUUGCAGAUAGUGGCAAUUAUCUGCAGUUAAAAUGCAAGAAAGCAUUGAAUGCACUCAGUCAAUUCUUUAGAAACUCGAGAAGAAAGUGGGGGCAGAAGAAAGAUGUCAUCCAUCAGCUCCAGUCCAGAUGAUCCAGUGAUCCGGAUUCUCCUGAUGGGCAGAAAGGGUUCUGGGAAAAGCUCAUCUGGAAACACAAUACUGGGAGAAAAGAAGUUUAAAGACCAAAAACGCAAGAAGAAAAAUAAAGCUGGAGUUUUUGAGGGUAAAUCUGAAAUCGGUGGAAAGCAAAUCGCUGUAAUUGACUGUCCGGAUCUACUGCAUCCAGAUCUGAAUAAAGAGCAGCAGAAGACAAAGACAGACCAGCUGAUUUCUCAAUGUUCAGGAGGUUUCAGUGCAGUUCUGCUUACCGUUUCUCUAGAGAAACCUCUGGAAAAUGAGGAAGAGAUUCUGUAUUAUAUUAAGUGUUUAUUUGGCCCUGAAGUUCAAAAAUACAUCAUGAUUCUGUUCACGCAUGGAGAUGAACUGGACGAUGAUGAGACCAUUGAUGAAUACCUAAAACACGAAGAUCAUGAGGAUCUCAAGCAACUGGUGACAGAAUGCAAGGGAAAAUUUCACUGUUUUAAUAAUAAAAGUGAAUCAGAUGAGAGUGUCAGACGUCAGAAACAAGAACUACUGCGCAAGAUUGAAGGAAUGACGAUGGAGAAUGGAGGAAAAUUUAUCAUGAAACAAAUGAGGAGGAGAUCAAGCAUGGAAAUUCCUGAUAUCUUUUUUGAUCCAGAUAAGACUGAUGUGAUUCCUGAGAUGAAUGGCCAGAUCAGGCUGGUUCUGCUUGGAAAAACUGGAGCUGGAAAAAGUGCCACUGGAAACACUAUCGUAGGUAGAAACGUGUUUGAAUCUUCAGCCAGCUCAACCUCUCAGACCAAACAGUGUCACUCAGAAACUAGAGUAAGGUUUGGUACAGAAAUAUCAGUGAUCGACACUCCGGGACUUUAUGAUACCAAACUCAGCGAAGAUGAGAUUAAAAGUGAAAUAGGAAAAUGCAUGACAUUCACUUGUCCAGGACCACAUGCUUUUCUCAUAGUGAUUAAAGUGGGUCGAUUUACUGAGGAGGAGAAAAAUACAAUAAAGAAACUUAAAGAAGUGUUUGGAGAAUGUAUGGAAAAAUAUUCCAUGAUCAUCUUAACUCAUAAAAAACAGUUAAAGAAAAAGCAAACCAUUGAGCAAUAUCUUGAAAAAGGUGAUCCAGCUCUUAAAGAACUUGUAGAGAGCUGCGGAAACCGAAUCUUCUGUCUGGACAACGAGUCUGCCAGUUUCCCACAGUACAAAGAUCUGAUCGGUCAAGUUAAGACAAUGGUGGCGGAAAACGGACACUUUUCAAAUGAGAUGUUUGAGGAAGCAGAGAAAUGCAUUCAGGAGAUUCAGAAGCAGAAACUCGAAAAGAAAGUAAAGCGGUUCACGCAGGAGAGCGGACGAACAGAAUGGCAGAAAAUAUACUGGCGUUUAGCAGAGGAGUCGCGGCUCGAGGCUAAGAAAUGUUUUUCGGACUCAUUCAUGGCAGACCUUCUUAUGCAUCCUCAUGUAACAGGAUCAGAUGUACGCAAAGCACUGGAGGUGGUGACCCUCGAGGAGAAAGAGAACACCAUAAAGGAAGCUGAGGGCAAGGGAAUCAGACACGCAGUGGCUGUUCAACUCGCAAUCAAUGCCACGCGAAAACUAGCAAAACAGAAAAUGUGUACGGUUCAGUGAAAAACUCAAUGAGACAGAAGACAAGUUUGGCCUAAAUGAUCUUUGUGCCCCCAUCUGCAACAUUUCCUUUUUUUACCGUUUAAUCUUUUUUCUCCGCAGUUCUGUUUCUGGUCUAUUCUUUAUAUCCUUUUUGAUUAGCUGCACCGCAUCGGGUUUCAGAGACAUGACUGACAUCUGCUCUUUAAUUAUCUCACGCUCAGUUCCACUGAGCAGGCUAGUAUUAAACGUGAGCUUGGAAGUCCCAAGACAAUUUUUAAUAUAACUCUAAUUAGAUUUGUCUGAAAGAACAAAGUCACAUACACCUAGGACGCAUUUUUGGGUGAACUAACCCUUGAAAAGAUGAGGCAGUGAUCGGUCAAAUACCUUAAAGAGCCACAAAAUGGCAUUUAUUGUCUUCUGUCUGUGUGUUAUCACAGACAGAAGACUCUUUGCUCUGCCAUGAAUUUCUUGGCAAAGUUCUGCGGUAUAUGUCCAAACUCCACGCUGGUAGAGAUAGCACUUUAUUAUGCUGGCGGAAGUAAUAAUACCCUCAUUGAAAAGUGAAAAGGACUGUUGAUCAUUCUAAAUCCAACUCAUAGUCUUUUGUGCAAAAUGCUUUUAAUGUUCAGAUUAAAUAUACCACACCCCUAUUUAGAUAAUAAAGGAACAGUUCACCCAAAAAUGUAAACUCUGCCUUGUUCUGCCGCAACAAAAAGUAAGACAUUUUGAAUAAAGUUUAUAACCAGGCUGUUUUGGGUCCCCGGUUUUAUUCAAUGCAUAAAAACAAUUGAAUUAAUUUCUACUUUAGAUUUGUAGAAGGUAUACUUAACUAAGUUUUUAAGAAACUAAAAAUUACGUAGUUUUAAGGUUUGUCAAAAUACAGCCCAGGUUUUGAGUCUGACAUUUUAAAUGCUCCAUGUUUAAGUAACGGUGCUACAUUUCCAUCAGAGUCUCCUGGGGCCAAUACUUCAUACGUCACUAAUUCAAUUAGCAGGAAUUUCUGUUGCCUAUUUGGCAUCAUCUUAGAUCGGUCGGUUCUUUGAAGCUCAUCCAGGAGCUUCUGUGAUAGCAACAGGUCCAUGAGCUUGAACCUGCUUGGGCUUUUUUCAAGUAAACAGGAUUUGAUCGCAUUUGUGUCUUUUAACCAUGGUUACUUUAUUACCAGAGUACCCUGGUAAACCAGAGACAAUCAUUUUAAAUAAUAAAAAAUGUAUUUUAAGAUAAUACAUUAAUACACACAGCCAGGUUUACUCAUUAAAAAAUAUAUAUUUGACAUAAAAAACUACUUUAGAAUUGUGUUAGUCUUUAACAACGUGCUGUACUGAUAAAGUAGAGUCGUGCACAAAGCCAAACAUCCAAGACAACAAACAUACAGCGAUAUCUGCACGUAAAAACUAUUUGAUAGAACCAAACUGAAUUAAAUCAACCAAAUAAAAAAAAAUAUUAAAAAGUCAAAAACAAAUCAAAUCUAGUAAGUUUAAGCACUGCGGUAAAAUUACUCUGCUUCAUGUAAAAAUGUCUAAUAAGUACUUCCACUAUGGUUCAUCUACAUUCAACGUGAUCUGGACCAGGAUGACUGUACGUGCAAUUUUUUCCAGGACACAUCCUUGAGAGGAUUUCUGUAUUACUUUGAUUCAAAGCAUCUUGAGAGCGUUUUGAAAACAUAAGAAACCGAUGACCUAGAUAUUUUAGGCAACACAGACAUCCUGGCCAGGACGCAUCCAGGAACAAUGGCUUUUAUGCUUUCACAUAAUCUUGACCCUUUAAUGUAACAUAGUCAUGUAACAAAUCUGUAAUCUGUAAGAUAUAGAUGUAAUUGCUAAUUACUACAUUAAAUAAAAAUUUUACAGCCUUCUCAUGAUACACAAA